AAUGGCAGAAUUUAAGGAGGUAUAAAAUUAAUUAUAAAUACUUUAGGACAAAUUCUUUAAUAAGCCUGGAGAUUCUGAUGAUUCUGUUAAUAAAUUAAAAAAAAAAAUAUCUAAGCCAAAGUAAUAAAAUUUAAUCUCUACAUCAUAAAAGAUCAAAGAAAUGUUUAAAAAAUAACAAUUCAAGGAUAUUGUUAAUUGGGCUGAAAAAGAUACUACUAUAACACUUCAUGAAUAUGACGAAAUGAAAGUAAAUUCCUAAAUGUUGAAACUUGGUUAAUACGCUUUAAUAAAAAAUGCUAAAAAUCCUUCUGAAGAUUACGUUGGUAAAAUUUAAAGGAUUAUUACAAUAAAAGAAAAUAAAUCAACAAAAUUAAUUUGUCUAUGUGAAGUUAAUUGGUAUAUCUAAAAUUCAUCAAAGGUUUUAUAGAAAAAGUGAAAUAAUAAAAUUUAAACCAUAAGCCAAACCAUGGAUAUCCAAUAAUGAAGUAUUUAGUACUAAUUGCACUGAUUAUAUUUUGGCAUCCACUAUAUUGUCUCCUUGUCGUAUUGUUACUUUAGAGGAAUAUGAAACAUCUUCUCAAGUUGACAAAGGAGUAUUUUUUACUAGAUUAGAAUGGUUACCUACAAAAAAGAAAUUUGAUGGAUUAUCUAAACUCUAAAAUCAUUGUACUUGUAAAUAACCCCAAAAUCCAGACUAAAUAUAUAUUUAGGUAUUUUCUUAUCUAUAUUUUUAGUGUGAUAAAUGUUAGAAAUGGUACCAUAUUACAUGUGUAGGAUUAAAGAAAGGUGAAUAUGAACAGAAAGAAUACAUUUGUGGAUGUUGUAGAUGAA